UUACCUGAUGCCCUGCCCUGGCAAGCGGAUCUUGACUGGCAGCGUGGGAGCCCUGAGAGACAUGGACGAGGAUUUCCGGGAGGGCCUGAGGGACUACGUCACCGCUCUGGUGGGCUCGGCCGGGAGACACGUCUGGAGGGACCAGUGGGGGGAGCCGCUCACCGGGACCCAGCUCGCCGCCAGGAUCAAGAACUUAUCUCAUGUGAUGAGGACCCAUCGCUCCGGCUUCUCCUCCCCCUGCCAGAUGGCCAUCGCCUUCCACAACCAGCGCGCCCUGGACAGGGCCCGCGCAGACCACGCUGCCUUGCUGAGGGAGAAGGACGCCCUGUCCCGGCGCAUGGCCGACUGCCUGCGGGUGGAUCCGGGCGCGAUGGCGCAGCAGCUGGGGGAGCAGCGCAGGGCGGUGCUGGGGCGGUGA